AUGAAAAAGAUAUAUAUUGGCAAAACUGCCCUCAAACCCCAGAGAAAUGGUUGCAAACAUCAGAAAAGAAGCUCAUUACACGAUCACAAGGACGACCUCCGUAAACGCCUGUCGUUCACAACCCACAAACUAGAAAUGGUGGAAUCGGAGUUUGACUCAACUCGGCAGUACCUGGAGACGGAGCUGCGCCGGGCCCAGGAGGAGCUGGAGAAGUUUACAGAGAAAUUACGCAGGAUCCAGAGUAGUUAUGCAGCUCUGCAGAGGAUCAACCAGGAUCUGGAGGACAAGAUGCACGGGACAUCCCAGCACCACGAGGAGGAGAAGAGAUCCCUCAGCCGGGAGAUCAUCGUCCUCAACAACCACCUCAUGGAGGCGAAGCUCACCAUCAAUAAACUCAGAGAGGACAAUGACCUGUACAGGAAAGACUGCAACCUGGCCGCCCAGCUGCUGCAUUGCUCCAAGUCUCACUACAGAGCUCACAAGAUGUCUGAGCUGCCGGUUGAUUUUCAGGAACGCAUCAGUUCCCACAUGGAGAAACAUAAUCGUGGCAGCGGCUCCACCAUGGCCAUGUGCCACUCCAAUUACAACGACGCCGUGCCCACGGCCGUUAUUGCCAAGGUCCUUGAGAAGCCAGAGCCAGGAAGCAGUUGCCCUGUGACGCGCUCGCCAAGUCCGCUGCCGCCCGAUGGAGUCUUCCUUACGGGAUCGGGAAGCACAGAGCACCUGAACCGUCGCGUUUCUUACAAAUCCUCGGACUUGUACUGCAGCGACACCGCCCUCUACUGCCCUGAACGAUGGCAGGAGACGGAGCGCAGGCAGAGCGUCGACCUACACGGCACCGCGCUGCUUCAGCUCCACGCCCAGAACUCCACUGACAGCAACCCGGAGGAAGAGGCGUACAACUCUGAAGGUUUCUCCCACCAUGAACCUCCAGCCUCCUUCCAACACCAUAACGAUUUUGGGACUGGUAGCCUCCCUGUUUCCAGUUCUUACUCCAGCUUCAGCCUGGCAUCGGACGAGAAGGGUGGAGUUAGCGUCGGGUGCGGGCGCACUGCCAGCAGCACUUUGUCCUCCUCUCACCAGGGGCUCUACAUGGACUGGCGAGACGGUGGCAGUGGAGACUAUGAGCGUAAAAGCAUGUCUUCCUAUGAUAAAGACAGCUCAAGUUUCCCAAAGUCCCACAGCAUCCAACACAUGGCGGCCCCCAGGAGCCCACCGAAGGGCACGUCCCCAGCGUACACACGGACGGCCUCUUGCUUCAGUGAACCAUACCAAUCCAGCUCCCUUCGACUGGCCUCUUCCCAGAGUAUGGGCUCUACAACCGGACUGGGCCCAGUUCGUGACCGAGCUAUGGACAGUCGGGGUGACAUCCUGGUCCCGGAGGACGACCUGAGCAGCCGCUGGAGACAGCUCAGCGUGGAAGACAUCAACAGCUUCUCCUCUUCCUAUCGUAACCUCUCGGGUGGGCGGGUCUCUCCGUACAGCUUCUCUGAACGUCAAUUUGCCGUGAGCCCCUCCAGUAAGGUCAAGGGAUCUCUCUACAGCAGCUUCCAAGAUGGAGAUGACGUCUUCCAUAGCCGCAUGCUGGACCAGUGUUUUGCUGUGGGCCCCCCUUCGCCCAGCCGCAGUCCCAAACCGAUGGAGCACCACAAGCCGGAGAAAACGUCUAUGCUGUACAGAGCCAAGGACGACAGUCAGGACUCAGAGUGCAGCCUGUUCCUCUCAGGGAGCUCCAAGGACAAGGAGAGCAGCAUGGGGGCCAGCAGCGCCAAGAAGGACUACGUGAAUCUGAGCGCGGACAGCUCGGCCGAGUCCUUACAUCACAGCUCCCUCGAGGCCUCCAGUCUUCAACACUACCCGAGCCCCCGGCCCAGCGUCCGGCCCCGCCCGAGCUCCAGCUCCGCCCUCAGCGUCGGCCCAGCACUCCCAAAGAAGACCUCUCUCAGAUACCAAAAAUUUGGCAGCACGGGACUCACGAGGAAGGACAGUUUGACCAAGGCCCAGCUGUACGGUACACUGCUGAACUGA